AUGAAGAAACUAGAAGAGGAGAUAAAUUUCAAUUCAUACCUGGUUACUGAAAAAAUACCUAGAGAGCUUGCAAGUAAGAAGAAUUCAGCAUAUUUCUUACAAAAGGUGAUUGCAGAGCCAGCUAUGAGUCAAUCUGAUCUCAAUGUACUUGAAAUCAAGAUAAAUGAAGUAAACGCACAAAUGAAUCAGCUUAUUGAGAAAAGAAUGAUGAAGUAUGAGCCAAUUGAUAGUAAAUUUUCCAUGUAUCGCCAACAGGCAUCUAUAAUUUCCCGGAAAAAGGAAGCCAAGGCAGAAGAACUUCAGGCUGCUAAGGAAGAGAUGUCCAGCACCGAAAGGCAGAUGCUACAGAAGACCAGUCAGGCCCAUGAGUUAGAAGGCUCUGAAGUUCUGAAAGGGGAUGAGUUUAAACACUAUGUUAAUAAGCUCCGGAGCAAAAACACGUUUUAUAAAAAGAAGCGACUGGAAAUAGCAGAAAUUACAGCUGAGUAUGGUAUCCUCCAGAGGACAGAAGAACUUCUAAAACAGCGCCAUGAGGCUAUUCAGCAGCAGUUGCAAGCCAUUGAAGACAAGAAAGGUAUUUCUGGAUAUAGUUACACCCAGGAGGAGCUGGAAAGAGUAUCUGCAGUAAAGAGUGAAAUGGAUGAAAUGAAAGGCCGGACACUAGAUAACAUGUCUGAAAUG